AUGACAGCCACUGCGGCAACGACUUCCAACGCCGCUACCAUGUCCGGUCCGGAAGAUGGUGUUCCUACGCCUGAAACAGAAUUCUUAGCGAUAGAAGAAGCUUGCGAGGUCCCAACCACAAAGCUUUGUACUCAUUGCCUCGAGUACAACUUCAGCCGAGAGACGCUUGAUCCUGAAUUGCGACCUGGAGGAUUGGAUGGAAACGCAGUGUUCACCACCUUUGGCAAGCUUGUCAAGUCUUCAACAACUUGUCCCUUGUGCAAGCUCAUUCUGGAAGGGCUCGAAAACGAAUAUGCUGGGGACAACGAGGAUUCAUUGAAGGAUCGGGUAGGCAAUGAUAUUGAGGUCUUCAUCUCCGCGUGGCUGGGAGGUGAAACCAUCAUAAGCUUUUUCAUUGUACCUCCUGAGGUCAAGGAGCCUCGGUACCCUAUCCCGAGACUCACGGAGUCAAAGUUGCGUGUCUAUUUGGACAUCGGUGGUGAUGAGGAUUGUGAUUAUUAUCAUAAUAGAGAAUUUACCCGCUACUGGGCGCGCCGCCCACCGCUCAGACCCUGGAGUAAGCCAUGUGUAAAACGGCUGAAACAAUGGCUCAGCAUGUGUCUUCAGGACCACGGACCGCAAUGUUGUACGAUGCGCUCUGGCGAGGAAAUAGACGAGUCGUUACCAUCGAUCCUUCCCUCUCGAGUUAUCGACGUAGGCCCGCUGAGUGGCUCUGUGGGCGCUCGUCUGGUGGAAUCAGAUGGCAAACGAGGGUAUUACACCGCCCUCAGUUACUGCUGGGGAAGUUCUCUAAAGGCUGAGCGACCGUAUUUGACCACAACGAAGACACUUGAGAAGCAUCUCUCGGAGCUUCCUUGGGAUUUGCUUCCGAAGACCCUUCAGGAUUCCAUCCGCUUAACUCGGGCAAUUGGGGUGCGGUAUCUUUGGAUAGAUUCGCUGUGCAUCAUCCAGGAUUCCAACGACGACUGGGAGAAAGAAGCAGCAAGAAUGGGUACCUUGUAUGCACAGGCGCGGCUUGUCAUUGCCGCAACAACAGGCGCAGAUGCUGAGGCUGGUCUGUUCCCUCCUCAGACGUACAUUUAUCGUCCAAGCGAAACGUCCUGGUCUCUGUAUUUCAGGAAGUACCAGAAAGAAAGAGGGUCUCUUCAACACAAUCUUCCUCUAUUCACUAGAGGGUGGGCAUUCCAGGAAUGGGUGCUUGCAAGAAGAAUUGUCUUUUGGGCGCAAGAUCGAAUGUGCUGGCACUGUGCGAAGGGAUGUGCUAGAGAUGAUGGCAGGCAUGUGUCGACUUCCUUAUUCGAACGAUAUAACACUUGGGUGGAAAUUGUGACACAUUACUCCGGCAGAGAGCUCACAUACCCGACGGAUAGGCUCAUGGCUAUAAGUGGCAUCGCCAACGAAAUACAUAAGAAGAGGCCGGAAGACAAGCUUUAA